UAAAAGAACUGUUUACAGGAUACAGAAUCUUGGGAAAAAAGGGAGAAGGGAGUUUUGCUGAGGUGAUGGCUUGCCAAAAUUUAGCAGACGGACAACUCUAUGCUUGCAAAACUCUUAAAAGACACUUUGUAAGCGUGGAUCAAGCCUUGGGUCUCACUGAAGUCAGAGCUUUACGUAGACUACGACCGCAUGUCAAUGUCGUUCAACUACACGACAUCAUUUUUGACAAAAAGUCGGGUCGAUUAGCCUUGGUAUUCGAGCUUAUGGACUUAAAUAUGUACGAACUGCUCAAAGCUAGGAGAAAACCACUUCCAGAAUUUAGAGUAAAAAGUUACGUUUAUCAAUUACUCAGAUCAUUGGAUCAUAUUCAUAGACACGGAAUCUUCCAUAGGGAUGUGAAGCCAGAGAAUUUGUUGAUAAGGGAUAAUCUUUUGAAAUUAGGAGAUUUUGGAAGUUGUCGGGGAAUCAAUACUAAAAGGCCUUAUACAGAAUAUAUCUCUACCAGGUGGUACCGGCCUCCUGAGUGUUUGCUUACUAGUGGUCACUACAGUUAUAAAAUGGACAUGUGGGCAGCUGGAUGCGUAUUUUUUGAAGCCCUCACAAAUCUUCCCUUGUUUCCCGGAAGUAGUGAAAUCGAUCAGCUGUCGAAGAUACACAACGUUUUGGGCACGCCAAAAUCUUCCAUUAUAGCCAAAUUGCGUCGCCACAAGCGCCUGAAUGGUGUGAACUUCAGUUUCCAGUGUCAGUCGGGAAUAGGAAUAGCCAUCCUUGCUCCAGGCACCUCACCCGAUGCGAUGCAGUUGUUGGCGAGUUUGUGUGCCUACGAUGAAGAGGAAAGACCAUCAGCACGACAAGCACUCAAGUUUCCUUAUUUCUCGGAUCUCAGACUGGCUGAGAAGUAUCAUCUGUCUGGACGUCUUUCAUCGAGGAAUACCGGAAAGAGGACGUCCUCUGAUUCCUCUAACUUGUCCCCAAGGAGUGAGAAUGUAUCAAGAGUCGAUGAUAUCUCUAAUCCAGUCACACGAGAAAGAAAGAAACAACGCUCAGAACAAUUACUACCAACACUCGAAAUAAACGGUCUGCGACAGGAUCUUCAUGGAAACCGUCGACUGGCCAUCGAAGUCCUCAAAUCAAAUAGAUCCGUCAACCUACCUCCUAUUCCAUUGAAAUCAAGGAAAAAGAAGGAAAACCGGAAUCACAGACAUGAACUUACUUCUCACCUGCCACCUAUCAAUCAACCAUGGAGGCCAUAAAGAUGUCACUUUAUAUAGGUGCCUCCAUAACCAUUUUGAGGGUCUUUGAAAACAUUUUAUGUAGUUUUAAAAACAGUCAAUUAGAUAUUUUGGAUUAUUUAAGGGGUCCUUUUUUAACAUUUACGGGGAAUCAUUUUUGAACUUUUUUUUCUGCUGGGGAUAUUUCUGUAGUUGAAUUUAUUAAUGUUUUACUUGGAAAAUACAAAAAUUACGAAAAGUAACAAAAAAGAUAAAAGUAUUUACAACUUGUAGUUUAGUUUGCGGGGAAAUAGAGUUUUUUGUGCAGCGGAUUAGGUCUCAAAAUAAUUUUUUUUUCCGAUGGGGUGUUUUUAGAGGGAGUUAUUUUUAAUAGCCAUGUCCAUUAUAUCUUCCAUUCAAAAUUUACAUAUUAAAAGAAGUAACCAGUACAUUUGUUGAACUAAAACAUAUAUUUUUAUUUUUUCCUUGGGCGAGGAGAGGGCAAUUUUUUUUAAAACUUUUUUGGUGCGGUUAUUAUUUUGAUCAUUUUUAUUACACAUCUUUUUUACAUUCGAAAAAAAAUGUUAGAGUUUUAAAGGGUUUUUAUGCAACAUUUUGUGAUUGCAUUGUUAAAGAAGCAGCUCUUCAAUUUUGGUAGAAGAAUAAAUUCCAGCUUACAAACAAUUGGAUAAUAAUGACGACGGAAAAGCUCUUAAUGGAUGGUUGACCGUUUUAAAGGCAGAUGGCGCUAGGGGUUAAAAUGAAGAACCGAACUUUAUGGAGGUAUUUAAAUUUUUCACCUCAUUAUACAUAAUAACAAGAAAGUUGACUAGAGCCUAAAUUAGCUAUAAUCCUUCAAUGGUCAGAUGAAAUAUCACUCUGUCCAUUUCAUUGAUUUUCUGACAAUUCUACGUACAUCAUGCCGAACGCAGUUUUCUGAUUGUCAUCUAACUGCGAAAAAUUCAUAUCCUUGCUGACAUUAGGGGGGAAUUCAGCUAAAUUUCCACAAUGACGAUGGCUUACUUAAGCCAAUCAGAAGCUUAUAUUUUUGUAAACCUAUCGCAUUUUGCGAUGUGUAAAAAUACAGGCUUUGGAUUGGCCAAAUGUGUCUAUCGUCAAUGCAAAAAUUUAGCCGAAUUCCGCCCUAGAAAGCCAUGGAUUUACGAAAUACAGAAUUUUUGUAUUUAGACGAUAGAUUAAUGAAGAUGCUGACAGAAAAAUGACGGAUUUUACAUUGUACUGAUAUUUUCUUUAAAAAAAAGUUCAUUAAAGAAGGAAAUGAGAAAUAAACUUUCAAUUCGAUUUUUGGGCCCCUCUCAUUUGGCCCCCGGUGCCCCUGCCUAUGUCAGGCUCUAAUUCUACUUGUAGUCUUUUCAAUAUAGCGCGUUCUUUAGAUCUAAUUUUCAACGACUUUCAACAAAUGAAUUCGGUAGACUCCGAAAGCAUGCUGCGAUGCUAUCCAGAAAAUAGCAAGCGUGCUAUUUUACACAAAUAUAGUCAAAUAAGGGAUAACACUCAAAACAUGGCUAACCUUACACUUUAUUUAUGGUGCGAUAUUAAUUUUGUUA